AAAAUCAAGAACAAACAGGACGUUUUCUGCACCGCGACGCGAAGAUCGACCUCGACUUUAGUAGACAUGUGCACGCUACACGGCUGUCAAUUUCGGACCCUCAUCGCGGUUUUUGUGCUGGCUGGUGCCCUGAUGACCAAAACGCACGGACAAGGUCCAAAAGAAAACAAUGGUAUCAGUCACAAGACACUGAAUCCAGACAGAGAGGUCUUCAUACACUCAGCAACCCAGGACACAGAAAGCGAAGUCCACUCAGUCACCACAGUCUUGCCGAUGAACAUACCCAACCACCAGCAUAUCCUUGAUGGCCUGCGAGUUCAUAAGCACCUACUUACAAGGGACUUCCAAGGAGACCAGCACUUUUUUAGGAGUGAUGGCUCUGUGGCCGCAUUUCCAACAAAACCUGGUUCUGUGUCUUCGUCAGACGCAAGGGAACCUGUCACACAACUGGUGCCCCAUGAGGACGCUCCGGCCUUCUCGGACAUUGCUACAACUGCCACGGCACCUGCCACCUCCCCGCUGACCACAUUUGCUCCCACAACCCCAAAGCCACCCAUAGUUCUCUCUCAAAAGAAGUCAUCCAAAGACAAGAACAAAUGGGAAGAGAGAGUUCUGCCAACGACAGACGCUCUCACGACCAUGGUACCACAUAAUACUGGUUCUACCACUGACCGCGAUCCCUCCCUUGUAUCUGCCUCAUUUAAGAGUGAAACAAAAGAAACAACACGAAAAAACAAAAGCAGUCAUGGCUAUCCACUGUCAGACCUCACAUCAGCAACCAAACAAGAAUUCACUAAAGGCACAACUAUGACGUCGACGACCAUCCUCACUAUGACCACCAUGCAAACAUCAGAACCGUGCAAUCUGAAUUUCACUGACCCUGAGGGGGACAUCGAAAUCCCUCAGCACGAUGACUCUGAAAUGGAGUGUGUCUACUUGGUUACUGUUUACCUGGGCCAUGGCAUUGAAGUUCAGGUGUUAAAUAUGAGCAUGAUGGACGGGGUGCAAGUGGCUGUGGAGGAUACAGGCGGUCGAGAGCCCUCCAUCCUCGCCAAUGAGACACUUUUGAUGAAGGGCCUAGUGCUACGUAGCUGGAGCAACCAGAUCUCCAUCCGCAUUCACCACAACCAUCAGUCCAAGUCUGCACUCCUCCUGCUGCAUUACCAAGCUUUUGUGUUGAGCUGUUCGUUCCCCAAAGAACCUGCUGGCGGAGAGGUUUCUGUGACUCACCUUCAUCCUGGUGGAGAGGCGUAUUUCCGUUGUUUUACUGGAUACAAGUUACAAGGACCUAAAAUGCUCAGUUGUCGCAACGCCACUACAUCAUACUGGAGUGGAAAGGAGCCCCGAUGUGUUGCAUCGUGUGGAGGAAUGAUAAAAAAUGCCACGUACGGCCGAAUUGUGUCUCCUGGCUUUCCUGGAAACUACAGCAAUAACCUGACAUGCCACUGGGUGCUGGAGGCCCCUGAAGGCCACCGACUUCACAUUCACUUUGAGAAGGUGGCUCUGGCGGAGGAUGAUGACAGGCUGCUGAUUAAGAAUGGCAACAACAUAGAUUCCCCCCCUGUGUACGACUCCUAUGAAGUGGAGUACCUGCCAAACGAGGGCGUGCUCAGCACCGGACGUUACCUGUUUGUAGAAUUCACUACAGAUGGGACGAUGACCUCUACUGGCACCGCUAUUAGAUAUGAAGCUUUCGCAAAAGGAAUGUGUUACAAGCCCUUUGUGAAAUACGGCAACUUCAGCAGCAGUGAUUCCACUUACGGUGUGGGUUCAGUGGUUGAAUUUUCAUGCGACCCCGGCUACACUCUGGAACAAGGCUCUGUGGUGAUCGAGUGUGUGGAUGCACAAAGCCCACAGUGGAAUGAAACUGAGCCAGCCUGUAGGGCCGUGUGCAGUGGGGAGAUCACAGACUCUGCUGGCGUGGUGUUGUCUCCUAAUUGGCCUGAGGCAUAUGACAAAGGGCAGGACUGCAUCUGGGGCAUCCAUGUGGAAGAGGACAAGCGGAUCCUGCUUGAUAUCCAAGUUUUCCAUGUGGGGAAGAAUGACCUUCUGACCUUCUAUGAUGGAGAUGACCUGACAGCUAAUAUCCUGGGCCAAUACAGUGGCACACGACCCCACUUCAAACUCUACACUUCAAUGGCUGAUGUCACGAUUCAGUUCCAGUCCGAUCCGGCCACCAACAUCUAUGGCUACAACAACGGCUUUGUGGUCCACUUCUUUGAGGUGCCAAGAAACGACACUUGCUCCGAGCUGCCAGAGAUCACAAACGGCUGGAAGAGCACGUCCCACCCUGAUCUCAUUCAUGGCACUGUGAUCACCUACCAGUGUUACCCUGGAUAUGAGUUGGUGGGCUCAGAGAUCCUCAUGUGCCAGUGGGAUCUUUCUUGGAGUGGUGAUGUGCCGAGAUGUGAGGAGGUUAUGACUUGUCAGGAUCCUGGAAAUGUGGAGCACAGUCAAAAGGUAAUCAUAGGCAGCCGCUUCGCUGUUGGAUCCAAGAUGCAGUUUAUCUGUAAUAAAGGCUACAUCCUGUCGGGCAGCAGCAUCCUCACCUGCUUCAACCGAGACUCAGCCAUCCCCAAGUGGAGUGAGAGGCUGCCAAAGUGUACCCCUGAAAGGUACGAGCCCUGCAGGAACCCCGGUGCUGCUUCCACCAGUGUGCAGAAUGUUGAGAAGGCUUUCUACCAAGCAGGAGAGACUUUGACCUUCUCAUGCCACUCGGGCUAUGAGCUGCAGGGCGAGGCCACCAUUUACUGCGUCCCUGGACAUCCAUCACAGUGGAACAGUACUCCCCCUGCCUGUAGAACUUCAACCCACUAUGUGAAUGAACGCAAGCUGGACGUCAUCAAUGUGAAUUAUGACAUGGAGGGAACCAAUGUUGCCCUCGCUGUCUUCAUUUCAACAGCAGUCAUCUUGGUGGUUGUCCUUGGAAUUUAUGUCUACUUUGCAAAACUCCAAGGGAAGAGUAUCAGAAUGCCAACUUCCUCGCCACCAUACAACAACAUGGCAGAAGAGUCAGCUUUCGACAACCCUGCGUAUGAGAGCGGAGUAAGUACAGAUGUCAUGAGCAUGCGGGAUGUGGAGUCACAAAACACUGCUGUGCUGUCCUGAUUCUCCUCCAUCUGCCCGUCAUCCUGCAUGUCAUCUCAUGUUCCACCAGCAGAGGGAAACCUGCACAUCAUCUUGCAAAGGACUGCAGGUGGCUUCAGUUUGUAGCAAUGGUCUGAACAA